AUGGCGAACUUCGAGAUCAGCCCGCGGGCGCCGCUGAGGGCCCCGGAUGAGGAAGCCGGGGAGGUGACUCCGAGAUCGGCCAUCGAAGACUUCGUGGUGCAUUCCCGUGCCAAACUGCACUCCCACCGAGCGAAGCGCAGCUUUAUCCGUGACGUGCAAAUCAGCAUCCUUGUGGCCACGUGGACGGUGAUCCUCUCGCUGCCGAUCCUCAUUUGGCCCUGGGCGGGGUACCUGAACCAUGAGUGGUGCCGCGGUUUGGAUGUCUACCACUGCGGCAUCGAGCAGGCCAGGCCGGAAGCUGUCUGCCGGGUGUCCUGGUCCUUCACAGGCCUUCAUUGCGCGCCAGCGAAGCCGAGUGCGUUCCUGAACCUUUGGGGCACCAUGCUGCUGCAAUUCAUCUUCUCGGUGAGCGUGGACCUGGGCAGCACGGUGCAGCUCACGCUCCAAGGCUUUGCGGGCACUUUCUUGGCCUGGCUGAACGCGAUGUUCCUGAACCGCGGGCUCGGCUUCUUGCUGGGUGGGGGCGCCUAUGCGCACAGCUUCAACGUCACGGAUCCGGACGGGAACCAGGUAACUUUGUCCAAGUGGCUGCCGCUGUGCAACAACGGGGUGCAGCGCCUGGCGAGCGAAUCAGCCCAUUGCUUCCUGAACGUUUGGCUCGAUCAGGUUUCCGCGAGAGGAUUCCUGUCAUUCUUCGCCGUGUCCAUAGACUUUGUGCUGUUCGUCAUCUUUUGCUUGUCUUUGCCGUUCGCGGCGAACCCUCGGAUCUUUGCGCUGUCCACACACGUCUCUUUCCUGAUGGUCUUCGUGGACCCUUCCGGAGACAGCUUUUCCACAGAGCCCACCUACGCCACAGACUACCUCUGGAUGAUCGCCCUGGCCUCCGUGAUGGCCUUGACCUGCUUCUUCGUGCCCAAGCGCCGCUUCACCGCCACGGAGGCGGCGGCCCGCUGGGCCGCCGAGGCCACCGCCACCAGCGCCGCCCUGCUGCGGCACCUGCCGGACACGCUGGACGAGGUGCUGAAGCUCAGGGCGAAGUCCGCGCUCGAGGCGGCCGAGAAGACCGUACAGGAGCUGGAAAAGACGUUGGCCAGCUCCUGUUUCGAGCGUUUCGCUUGGCUCAAAUGCGGGGAGGCAUCGCUCCGCCACCGGCGCCUCUACCUCACCGCCAGCUGUCUGCGCCGGAUCCUGCAGCGGCUCCCCUCCGCCUUGCGUGCCGCCGAGGAGGCCAAGGCCGCCGAGGUCAGCGCCAGCGUUUUCUCGGCCCUGCGGCGGUGCUGCCACGAGGCCGCAGAUCAGCUGGAGAUGCUGCGGGAGAACUCGGCCCCGCAGGCGCCCCAGGAGGACGGCAAGCAGCUGCUCUCCGAGCUUUGGCGCCAGGAGAGCCGAGAGAUGAACUCGGAGGUGUGCACCUUUGUGUUCUGCAUCUCCGGCGUGCUGGCAGAGGUGGAUAGCGCCCUCGCGGACUUUGAGCGACAUACCGCUGCCUCGGGGUCCUUCACAACGGCUGCGGGUUGGUAUGUGAAGAGCAAGGACUUCCUGCGCGCCUUGCUCUUCACCCAGAGCGACCGGGCCACGCACCCCCGCUUCGUGGCCCGCAACGCCAUCUCCAUCUGCGUGGCCUUCGGCGUUGGCUGGCUCGGGAUUUGGAAUGUGAUGCCCAGCUACUCGUCCUACUCUGCGGCGACCAUUGCAGUCAUCGUCUACACCUACACGGGCGCCACGCCCUCGGUGACGUUGCGGCGCUUGGCUGGGGUGGUGUUGGGCAAAGUGGCGGGCUCCAUCUUGCAGCUGGGCCUCGCCGUGAAGCAUGUCCCCUCAAUCAUGGCCUUCGGCCUGGCGAUGUGGCUGAUCGUGGGCCUCACCUUCUUCCAAUUCCUCCACGGCUCCACGGACUUCGCCGGGGUCUGCGGGCUCACGGCGGCCUACGCGGCCGCCUCGAUGAUACCCUCCAACGGGGUGCUGCGGGAUGCCGACGUCAAUACCCAGGCCUCCGUGCUGCCCACGUUGAUGAACACCAUCAUCCAGACAGUCCUGGGCAUCGGUCUAAUGCUGCUGGUGGACUUCCUGCUGGCCAGCCGCGCCACGCACCAGGCGCGGCAGCGGCUGCAGCGCUGCCUGCAGCGCCUGCAGAAGCUCUUCGAGACCUGCGCCACGCUGUCCUCGGACCUGCGCGAGGAGGCCGGAAUCAAGAGCUUGGAGCAAUGCAGGUGCGCCUUGCUGGAAGACCUGGACAAGCUCCGGGAUCUGCUGCCGCACGCGGAGGCGGAGCCGGUCUAUUGGUCCAAGCCCUUCGAGACCCAAACCUUCACCGACCUGGAGGCUCAGCUGCGCCGCAUCUCCUGGCACUUCGAGGCCCUCGCUUGGCUCCUGCAGAUGGCGGACUCUGAGCAGUUGCUGGCGUUAGAAUCCUGGGCCGCGAUGCAGAGAUGCUGGCACAGCCAGGCUUCGCACAGCUGGGAGCAGAUUUGUGGAAUUUGCGAGGGCCUGGUGCACCCGGAGGAGAACGACGGCCGCGUGCAGGAGAUCCGGGAGCAGCUGUCGGCCAACCUCUACACCUUCCAAGUGGCCAGCAAGGUGGCCGCAGCGGCUUCUUCCCUCCCAGAGCUGCGCCGGAAGAAGCCCGGCGGCUCCGGCGGCGACCUCGCCGCCGCGGGCGGGAACCGCCCGGGCGCGGUGCAGCAAAUCUUCCGACAGGUGAUACGUGAGGAGCUGGAACCCGCCUCGCCGGUAGACAGGCCCAGAUCACAGGACCUGUCCCUGGAGCUGGACACCUGCAUCGCGGCGGUGCGCCGCGAGGUCUUGGAGUUGUCCUUCGAGACCGUGCCCCACCGCUCUGCCUUGGGGGCGGUGGACCUGAUGAGUCAGGUGAUGCGCAGCAGCCUGGACGAUAUCAAGAAGAUCCAGAUUAUGCUCUUGGAAGUCCGGCUGUUUCCGCGGCGGCACGUGACACCUGAGGUGGUCGCGCCUCCAGCACUGCCGCCUGUGGAAAAGACGCGGAAGGCCAACGCCGCCUCGCGAAAGCUGAUCACGGCCGAGUCCGAUGACGUGGUGGAGGUAGAGAAGCCACCAAAGAAAGCGCCGAGCGUCGCAGAGGAGUCCGAUGACGUCGUGGAGGUGGCUGGGGCCUCGGCGAGUGCGCUGUCGAGACACGACCCAAAGGCCACAGCCUUGGGUUCCGACAAGGAGAUCCAACGUGGAGGCCGAGCGGCCAAGUCCGCCCCCAAGCCCAAGAAGGAGGCGGCCAUGGAAAAGUUUGGGCAGGGCGUGGUGGAGCAACUCAAGGACUUCCAGAAGCCGGAGGCCGCGGUCGAAGUGCCGGAGGACAAAGAGGUCCAAAAGGUGACCAGCAAGGAAGACUUCUGGCGAGUCCAGAUUGAAGCUAUUUACCGCCGCCGGAAUCCGCACAAGUUGGCAGAUGUGUCUGACAUGCUCGAGAAGCACAAAGGGAAGGAGAUGGUUUUGUACAGAAAGGUGUGUCAGCGAUAUGACCUGAACCCCAAGAAGCUCUAUGCCGAUCCUCAGGCCUGGGACUCCGAGGACAAGGACGUCAAGGACGAAGACAGCGAUGGCGGCGACAAGGCGUCGACCGCGCCAACAGGAGGUGGUCUUUUUGAUUCUGCUCCCGCCGUACCUUCGCUCUUCCUGUCCGGUAGCAGCGGCAGCCUUUUUGGUGCUGCCUCUUCAGGAGGGGACAGCACGAGCCCUUUCAGCAUCCCCGUGGCGGACCCGGACAAGAAGAUCAACAUCUUCGGCAGCAGUACACAGGCCGAGAAGCGCUUCACCAGCGCUUUGGGAAGCACCGGCUCAGGCGGCGAAGGCCUGUUCGCAGCUUCGAGUGGAGGGCUAUUUGGCAGCGGUGGUAUCUUCGGCGCAUCAUCAGGAGCCACAGAGGAGACUACGCCCAAAACCAAGGCAAAGCCGGACUUCCCGCCUGCCCCAGUUUUUGGAGCGGAUGUGGAGGAGAAGACACCGAAGAGCAAGGUGAAGCCCGACUUUCCACCCGCGCCGGCCUUCGGCUUGGAGCCAGAGAAGACGCCGACCAAGGCAAAGCCUGCCUUUCCAUCCGGCGACGUGCCUACAGGUCUUUUUGCAGGAGAGAAGACGCCCAGGUCCAAGGCGAAGCCGGCCUUUCCUCCAGCGCCAGCCUGCGUGAGCGAGGAAGCGGCGGUGUCCAGCCUCUUUGGGAGUACGGGCACCUCCGGCAACAUCUUUGGCUCCUCGGCACCCGGCGAGGAGAAGCAGGGAGGGGCGAACCUGUUUGGAUCCGGAAACCUCUUUGCGGGCGGCACCUCUGGCGACUCAGCGUCCGGUGCCUUCUUUGGAGCCGGGUCGUCUGGUGGCCUGUUUGGCAGUGCAGCCUCAUCCGGCAGCAUCUUUGGUACGGGCGAGUCUUCGUUUGGAAGCAAACCUGCUGAGACUACCCUUGGCUUCGGAGGCAAGUCAUCAGAUACCAAGUCUAGUGAGACUUUCGCCUUUGGCAGCAAUACUGCGGAGACCAAACCCUCUGAGACAUUUGGCUUCGGCAGCAAGCCUGCAGAGACUAAGCCGCUUGAUCUGUUCGGUGCUGGCAGCAAGUCAUCGGACACCAAGUCUAGUGAGACUUUCGCCUUUGGCAGCAAGACUACCGCAGACACCAAGCCGCUUGACCUAUUUGGUGCUGGCAAGUCGUCAGAUACCAAGUCUGGUGAGACAUUCGCUUUUGGCAGCAAACCUGCAGAAAGCAAGCCACUUGACCUGUUUGGUGCUGGUGGCAAGUCAUCGGAUACCAAGUCUGGUGAGACUUUCGCCUUUGGCAGCAAGACUGCGGACACCAAACCUCCUGAGACAUUUGGUUUCGGCAGCAAGCCUGCGGAGAGCAAGCCGGUUGACCUGUUUGGUGCUGGCAGCAAGUCAUCAUCUGCUUUCGGCUUUGGCAGCACGUCUGGUAGCGCUGGGUUUGGCAGCACAAGCGGCGCCAAUUUGUUCGGCGGCAAAGAGGCCACUGGCGACGGUCUGUUUGCCUUGGGCGAAGCCAAAGCACCGGCUUCUGAGAAGCGAAGCAGGAGCCCGCCUCUGGGAGGUGAUACCUUCGGGCGGCAAGUCUCCGCGCCUUUGGACCUGGUGCCGGGCGCGGAGGAGCCCCGCAGCAAGCGCCGCGCCGGCAGUCUGCCAGAUGAACAAAAGGAGGAGGCCGCGGCCGAGCCGGGCCCCCGCUCUAAAGCGCACGCGGACGUCUUGGCCAAGCGGAAGAUCGUGCGCGCGCGGAGGUCCAAGAAGGAGGAGGCGCCAAGUGCCACGGAGAUCCAAGCCAAACCUUCGGCCGAGUUCCCGCCGCCGCCGCCCAACCAGCCGCUCUUCACGCCGGACCCGGCCAUAGCAAGCCUGGCGCCAGGUCUGCCUGGAGCUUCGAGCAGUGCGGGCGAUGAGCCGGCGCCGACCUCGAACCCUUUCGCUGGCAUCACGGGCAAGCCAGAACCAAAGAAGCCAGAGGCAAAGCCGGCGGCAAAGAAGGCGAAGCAGGAAGAAACAGGCGAGGCGGAGGGCCCCGUGAAGGUCGACACCAAGGAGGAUUUGUGGCGCGUGCAGAUUGAGGCCAUCUACCGCAAAAGGAACCCGAUGAAGCUGAAAGAAGUGCCGCAGCUCAUGGAGAAGCACAAGGGCAAGGAGGUGAUCCUCUUCAAGAAGGUGUGCAAGAGAUACGACCUGGACCCCACCAAGAUCUACACCAAUGAUGAUGCUUGGGCAGGUGAGGACAAGGAGUUCAAGGACGACCCCGAGGAGCCCGAGGCGGAAGCAGCCCAGACAGGAGCAGUCAGCGUGCCCUCCCUCUUCGGCAACACGGGAGGAGCCUCUCUCUUUGGCUCCGCCACGAGCUCCGGCUCGCUCUUCGGCUCGGGCUCCGGCGGGUCCAUCUUUGGAAGAAACGCCAGCAGUGCCACCUCCCUUUUCGGCUCUUCCAGCUCCGCGGCGAGCUCUGGAGGCGGAAGCGCCCUCUUCGGAGCACCAACCGCACCAGCGAGUGGACGAUCUCUCUUCGGGUCCGGGUCCGGGUCCGGGUCCGGCGGCUCCAUCUUCGGUCCGAGCUCCGGCUCCAUCUUCGGCGCGAGCUCCAGCUCCGGCAACCUCUUUGGCAGCACCGCCUCCCAGAGCCCUGAGGGAGGCAACAUCUUUGCAGGCGGUGGCGGCAAUUUGUUUGGCUCAGGUGGCAACCUUUUCGGCUCCCCCAGCUCAGGUGGCUUUGGGGCCGGAUUUGGUGCUGCCGCACCCAGCUCAGGCGCAUCAGGCAGCAUCUUCUGUGGCGGCUCGUCUGGUUCCUCGCCCUUUGGAGGCGGCGAAUCUGCCUCCCUCUUCGGCAGUGGAAGCAGCUCGGGCAAUAUGUUUGCCUUCGGCGCAACAGGUGGAUCCGGCGGAACAAAUAAGAAAAAGCGAAGAGCUGAUUGACCCCUGUCGCGAUGACCUGCGCCAGAGUGAUGGGCCAGGGCAAAGUCUUAGUGGAGAAUGGUCGCCAAUCAUUCCAAGAC